CUCUUAACUUGAAUAGAAAGAAAAGAUUGAAAUACGACUGAAAGCACAUCAAGAGGAGGUAAGAAAGCAUCCCCAACCAAGGUAGGAGGUACCAAGCCCCAGAGCUCCUCCUUCCCUCGGACGGCCGGCCUUUCUCCAGAUUUGUAAGCGGUUGCAUUUUAACUCUGUGUUUUCCAUACGGUUUUGGCAGAUUCUCUUCAAGAUGACGCAAGAUGUGGAGAUGAAAGACCACCCACCCCCACCAACUCCUUCCCAGUUGGUUUCCUCGGCCGUCCCACCCACUUUGCAGCAUUUGAAGGAGAUAGCGUCGCUUAUUGAGACCGGCUCGUACACAAAGGAGGUUCGCCGAGUCGCUCGGGCUCUUCGCCUUACAAAGUCGCUGAGGCGCAAAUUGACAGCGCCGGUUCUCUCGGCUUUUCUCGAUUUCGCGCUUGUUCCUGGUUCCCAAGCGCAUGCCCAGUUGUCUGUGUAUCUUCCAAAGGAAGAUGAGCAUAUGGAAGUUGACACUGCUACAUCUGCUAAUCAAGCUCCAGUAAAACAUUUACUGCCAGAACUUGAGAUUUACUGCUACUUGCUCGUACUACUUUUUCUGAUUGAUCAGAAAAAGUACAAUGAGGCUAAAGCUUGUUCAUCAGCAAGUAUUGUUCGGCUUAAAAAUGUAAACAGAAGAACUGUUGAUGUUAUAGCAUCUAGACUGUACUUUUAUUACUCAUAUAGCUAUGAGCUCGCGGGUGAUCUAGCUGAAAUUCGGGGCAAUCUGCUUGCCUUGCAUCGCAUUGCUACAUUGCGUCGUGAUGAGCUGGGUCAGGAAACACUUCUGAACUUGUUACUUCGUAAUUACCUCCACUACAACCUAUAUGAUCAGGCAGAGAAGCUAAGGUCUAAGGCACCACGAUUUGAAGCACACUCAAACCAGCAGUUUUGUCGAUAUCUCUUCUACCUUGGGAAGAUUCGAACAAUUCAGUUGGAGUAUACCGACGCAAAAGAGUCUCUCCUGCAGGCUGCUCGGAAAGCCCCAGUUGCAGCUAAAGGUUUUCGAAUUCAAUGUAACAAGUGGGCUGUGUUAGUCCGUCUACUGCUGGGAGAAGUACCUGAAAGGACAGUCUUUAUGCAGAAAGGAAUGGAGAAGGCUUUGAAGCCAUACUUUGAGCUUACAAAUGCUGUUCGGAUUGGUGACCUUGAGCUGUUUAGGAAUGUUGCUGAGAAGUUUGCUGCCACUUUCAGCGCAGACGGAACACAAAAUUUGAUUGUUCGGUUGCGGCAUAAUGUCAUCAGGACCGGUUUGCGUAACAUCAGCAUCUCUUACUUCCGCAUCUCACUUGCUGAUGUUGCUGAAAAAUUGAGGUUGAAAUCUCAAAACCCUGUCGCAGAUGCUGAGAGCCUCCUAGCCAAGGCUAUUUCUGAUGGGGCAGUUGAUGCCACCUUGGAUCACACAAAUGGGUGGAUGGUAUCAAAGGAAACUGGUGAUAUUUACUCCACAAAUGAGCCUCAAAUUGCUUUCAACUCCCGGAUUGCUUUCUGUCUUAACAUGCACAAUGAAGCAGUUAGGGCCUUGCAGUUUCCGCCCAACACACACAAGGAGGAGGGAAGUGCUGAAAAGAGGAGAGAGAGGCAGCAACAGGAACAAGAGCUUGCCAAGCAUAUUGCUGAAGAAGAUGAUGAUGAUUUUUAACUGUGGGGUUUUUUUGUUGUUGUGGAAAGAGCCCUAUUUGUUAUGAAGCUAUCAUUUGCUAGGUAGCAUGUGAUCGAAUAUGGCCUUGUCAUGUGCACGAUGUAUGACUUAUUUCAUUAUGCUUAAAAUUUUUGAAUCUUUCUUUUGAAGCUAUCUUUCCUUCUUUA